AUGAUGGGAGGAGAAGAAUUGCAAAAUGGUAAACAUUAACGAGAAGAAGAAGAAGCAAAUGAUGACCUUGCCAUUCAAAACUUCUUACACAAUUUGCCAAACAAACAAAAUCGAGACUACAAUGGCAAAUUUUAGGGUUGAAAUGGGUUGUGAUUCAUAAUUUUGAAACUGGAAAAUUUUUUCGAGAUUUUUUAUUGGGGGCAACAUUGUUGUGAUAAAUAUAAUGUGGCUUUUUCGUCAUGGGUCAAAGAUUUCGUCGACUUCGGUCCAACGACAAAUAUGAAAGAAAACUUUUUUGAAUUCAUGUAAUUACAAAAUUUGAAUAAACGUCUCCUUUCUCUCACUAAUUCUCUCCACAUUUUCCACACUCUCUCAUAAAACAAAAAAAAAUAAAACAACGACACUCUUGGCUUGCCUGUUGUUUAAUUUUCACACACUGUGUGAGCGGAGUGUCGUUUUUUUAUUUUUACAAGAUUGCGCGUAGAAUUUUGUGUUUGCGGGCAGUCGGUGUUGACACACACUCUUAUUUUGUCGUUCUUUCUUUGGGUUUUGGGUUUUCUUGUGUUUACGAGCGUAGGUUAGGUUUAGGUUUUAUACUUCACACUAAUUCUGAUAUCAUUAGCGCCUGAUGAGGUCAAAACGGCUCUACUGUGCCUUUUGAUUUGAUUCAUUUCUCUAUCUUUUUCUAGAAAUAGAAAUAUUGACUCGAUUUAAAAAAAAUUAAAAAAAAAACAAUUCUGAAUUUUAAAUUGACGUGUUGUUCUAUUUAUUUUUUUAUUUUCACGUUCAUGUUUUUCAUUUUGAAUUUCGUCUUUAUUUAAAAAACGACUCCGAUUGAUGUGACGAGUAAAUUUCGGGUUAGUUUUUAUAAUUAAGAGAUUAGUAUACUCCGCCCGAAAAGUAAAGUUUGUGAGAUUCUCAGGGUUCCCCGGGGUUAUAGUUCGUGAGGGAAUAUCGGGGUUCCCGUUACACUUUUCCCGGGAGGUAGUGUAGGGUUUGCGCGUAGUGUUCGUUGUUUGCAGAUUUUUCUAGCGUGUGUUUGCGGAGUUUUUCGAGGCAUAUUUUUUCCUUUGAAGGUUGAUAUUAGAUGUAAAUUUUCAUUUUUCAGGUCAAACAUCAUGUUUCCAGUUGGAUUUUGCGAUCUGCUCACAAUUGUCAAAUGAUUUCAAUUAUUGCCUAGCAGGUAAGUCUUUUUUGCUCACUAUAAUUCUGAUAUCAUUAGUUUCCUGUUUGCCUUCAACCUUCAAGAAGACCAUAAAAAUUUCGAGAAAAAAAUUUGCUGAAAAAACAGCAAAAUAAAUAUUUCCGGUUGAACCGGAAGCCAUAAGAAUCGUCAGUUUAUUAGUCAGUUGAUUUGUUGGCUGAGUGAACCAUUUUCGUUUUGGCAAUUCUUGAGAGUUAUUCAAUUUAAAUUCCCUCCACUCAACAUUUCAUCCAUGCGCACUAAGGAAAUCUUCCUACUUAUGUUAGAUAUUUGCCUCAUCAGCGCGAUAUAUUUUGUUUUGACGACACUCUUUUAAAGGAAAAUGCGCGGAAGAUAAUAAAUCUGAAGCCAUCUGGCAGAAGUGAAGUGAAAUGAUGAGUUUGUUACGUAACCAAAUGGGAAAAAUAGUUGAUUGAUGGUUUGCGAGGUGAUUUUUCACACAUUGAAAUAGGAAUUUUUUGAAUUUGAGGAGCGUUUGAACUAGGUUGGACCAUUUAGACUGGAAUUUUUGAACUAGAGCAUAACAAUUCUGAAUCUGGAAAAAUUUCCAUAUAAAUUAGUACUACCAAUUUUUCUCAUUCCUCUUUUUUCCUCGGUCAUCAUAUUUUUUUUUAGCUAGUCUGACUCUCCCAUCAGAUCAAAUUUCACCUCAAUUCCAAUUUUAUUUUAUUCAGUUUUAUUUUCCCUUGUUUUCUUCACAUCUGAAGUUUUCUCAUUUAUUUUUUCUUUCGUUUUUUCUGAAAAACAAAAGAAUCUGAAAAUAAUUAUUGUGGCUUGGCUUUGUUCUUUCUUUUUCUGUCUGAAAAAAUAUUUUUCUUGAGAUCAGCGAAAAAAGUCUUGAAAUAUUUUUAAUGGAAAAUCUGAAGGGAUUUUUUUCUCAUAAAAAUCCAAAUCUUCUCAUCGUCACCUUGGUUACCAAAUAAAAUAUAUAUAUUUCUUUUUCCCUCUUUUUCAAAAAUUUCAACUCCGCCUCCUUCUUCUUCUACUUCUUCUACAUUUCGAUCCGCGCACUUUCCCCAUCUGCGUCUCUUUCGUAUUUCAUAAUCUCUAAAAUGUCUGCGUCUCUUGAUCUCUAUUAUAUUUUUUGGAAAUUAGCCAAAACGAGCAAGGGGAAAGCCUGCACUUUUUAUUUAGUAUUCCAUGUUUUGGACCCGUUUUUUUUUCAUUGUUUUGCACGCGCAGAAAAAAGGUCAUAAAAUUUAAUUUGCUGAAAAUGACCGGCUCGAAAUUAAAACGAGUUGAGUUUAUGUUUUUUUUUCUGUGCGCGAAGAGAAUUUUUUAGUGUGCGCGGAGUCCAGGCGAGAAAAUGAGAAAAACCAAUGAAUUUUAUGUACGUUGUUGGCAGUGUGUAUUUCGAAACAUUUUUGACUCACUUCUUAGACUUUAUAUCGAUUUUAGAGAAAUUUUCUAGGCUUUCUUGGGGUUUGAAAAAAAUAAUUGAAAUUUUCUAAUUCGAGAAAAAAUAUAUUUUUCUAAAUAGCUCUGAUAACCUUCAGUUUUCAAAUUAAAUUUUAUUCCAGAAAGUAAAGUUUUAUAAAAAUAACAGGAAUAUUUUCAUCGGACCAGAUUUUUAUAAUUUCCGAAUUUUUUGAGUUCAAUUCUUUUUCAAAUUUUAAGUAUGUUGCCAAGAACUAUAGUCUAGUUUGAUCGAUAAUUUUCAUCUGGAAGUUGCCAUUUUGUCGCCAAAUUUUUCAGUUUUAGAAUCCCAGCUCCAUUUUUUAUUUUUCAUAUUUUCACAUUCACUCAUUCAACUUUACUUUUUUGGUGCCAAUUUUCUCUUUCUCCAUCCUUCUUCCAGUCAACUUCUAAAAACUUUGUCUGCUUGCUCAAUUCCUCGUUUUUUCCCCUUUUUUUCAUUUAUUCACAAAAAAUGGUGUUAGGUAUGCAUGACUACACACUCCAUAGGUGAAGCUGCUUUUUUUGUCCAGAAAAAAAGCGCGCGCAAGACAUUGUUUCGCUUCACUCCACAAUUUUUGCUUGCCCGGAGCCUUUUUUCAUGAGUGUUUGUGUGCCAAAAGCAGUAUGUAACAAAAAAAAUAGAAAAAAAAGAUUCCAAACUGCGAUAACGUGUUUAUUUUUCACUUUUUUUCCGGCAGAGUCAUAUUUUUUGUUGGUUGUCGAAUGUAGCAAAAAACACACACGCACAACAUAGAUAUUUAUGUAAAUUUUUCCCGGUGGCCCUUUUUUCUGUGAAAAAUUUCUUUAGAUUUUUGGAAACCGGUUUUUCCUGGAAAGAUAACAUGGAUAAGCUGGUUUGAUUUUGAUAAGCAUAAAAAUCCUUUUAUUUUUCGACUUGUCAUAAUUUCCUGUGCGACUUCUUGGCUCGCUAGGCGCUGAUCCUUGACAACUAGAAUUUCUAGGCUCGGCUCCUUGUCAAAGCAGUUUUCUAGAAGUGAAUCCUAGACACUCUCUAGAGCUCAUUUUUCAAAAUAUAGUUAAACCUUUCUCUCUUCAUAAAUCAUUAUUUUCCCCCUUGAGACCAAUUGUGUAGCCGCCAAAAAAAACGAAGUUUUAAACCUUCGAAAGUAUGUAGUAUCUUUUCACAAAUAAAAAGAUCCCCGUUCCAUUUUUUUUUCUGCACAUUUCAUCAAAAAAGUCGCGUCGCUGCCUGCCUGACGUAUGCGUAUUUAUGCAUGAGAGCUGAAAAAUGUUAUUUUCGCGUUGAUCGUUUUUUUUGUUCUAGCUUGCCUGAAAAAAUGCAUGAGCGUGUUAAUUAAAGACGUCGUCGUUUGAAGACGACAAAAAUCGAUCUUCUUUUUUUGUUCUUGUUCUCCUUUUUUCUUCUGCUUUGCCUUUUGAAAACAACAAAACAAAAUAACAUUUAAUGCAAUUCUUCAGGAAAAAUCUACGAAAAUGAAAAAUCUCUUUGUUCGCUUCAGGAACUUUUAGUAUUUUCGGCAAAAAUAUUUUCGCCAGGGGGAAUAGAACUAAUUCGAUGAUUGCUCAUACUAUACUUUUAUUGUCGAACAUUAGAUUUUCCGGGGUUUUAUGAGGUCAAUGAAGAUAAAUAAUAACAAGGGAACCUUUUUGGUAUUAACAACAUCAAAGAACCAUUUUCUAUGUACUUACGAUUGUUCGCACACGCUUAAUUAAAAUAUUUCUGAAAGAUCAGAAUUCAAGUCAGUUCAAAAAUCUACCAUAUUCAAGAAAUUGGUGAAACGUAAAAUAUAGAAGGUCCAGACAAAAAACAUUAUGUUUUGCUACAUUUUACUACAAUCCGCAGAUGUCCUUAAAACAAAAGGUUUUUUUGUUUUCCUUUCAUAUAAUUUCACACCAGAUGUCUAAUAAUUCCGAUUGAUAAUCAAAUUUUUCUCCAUUCUUUUCAGUUCUAAAAUGUCAAAAAUCAUCAUCAUUCUGAAUUAUUCAUUUCUUCUUCUUUUUCUUCUAUUCUUAUUUUCCCCGUUUCUUCUUCUUCUUUUUUGCUCCUCAAAUCCAUUUAAUUCGUAUGUGCGCGACACACGAGAAGAAGCAAAAAAGAAGAAGCCGCAAAAACUCGACUUUUUGCCGCCUUCGCCAUUUAUUGAUCCCUCGCAACUUUUUUUCACAUUUUUUUUGAAAUUACAAAUAUUUUGCAAUUCCAAUCCCAAUUAUUAUUCAUCUGAUUACAUAGAAUAAGUUUUGUUGAAUAGAGCCACUAAUUAUUUCUUGGAAUUUGUAAGCAAAUCUUAAUUGGGUAUUUUCCGGUGAGAAGAGGAUUUUUUGGAUUACUGUAAGUAGGUGUGUUCUAUGAGUUUUGAGAUGAAUUUGAUUGAAUCUUGCAGAAAAAAGGUUUCUGAGGAUGUUUUCUAUGAUUUUUGGAAUUUGAAAAAUGUCACAGGAAAAACUAAUAUUAAAUGACAUUUUCAAAUAAAUAACGAAUCUAAUCCACAUAUGAAAAUGUUAUUAGCCAAAUCACGCGAUUAUUUUGUUGUUGUUAGAUAUCUCGAUUCAUUUUUUUUUCGUGCAAGGCUACAAUUAAUUUCAGAAGACUCACUUCCGUUUUUAUACAAAAGAUUGAUGACUAAUUUCUGAUUCUCUAAUUUUUCAGAACAAUUCUUCAUUUCUUCUUAAAAUGUCUCUUCUCUUGUUACAAAUACCCUGUCUUUUUGUUUUGUGUUUUUCUUCGAAAAAUACACUGCACCCCAUUAUGAAUGAAAUAUGGACACCAAGCAUUGUUAUUCGAGACAUACAUAUAUAUUUUUUGCUAUUUUUUUUCGGUUUGAGAGUGAAAGUUAAAGUAUUCUCCAGGGACAAUCAGGAAAAACAAACAUUUUGUCAAAUUUUUAGAGAUUUUCUUGAUUUUUUAAAUGAAACUUAUGAUUUCUAGGCUACUUUAAAACUGUCAAGUUUCCAGAUUUUUGAAGCGCUUCUUAAAAUUUGAUAUAUCUUGUGUAGAUUAGCUUAGCUUAGCAAGAAUUAUCAGAAUUAUCACCCUCUAUAUUUUUUCCAGUUUUUUUCAAAAUCUUCAAAAAUAAAAAAAACAAAUCAUCAAACAGACAAGCAAAAAAAGGUUCAGUUCCGCCCAUUAUUUUUCUCAUUUCCGUUAACUCAACGUAAACAAUAAGAACUACAUCCAUGAUUCAUAAUAAACGGAACUCGACGCACAAAAUGACAUUUUGAAAAGUUCACUGUCUCACUUUCUCACUCACACAUUAUUCAUGAGCAUUCAUAUUAAUGUUAAUUUAUCCAACUUUGUCGACACUUCUUUUUUGUCUUUCCCCCUUUUCUUUCCCUAAUCAAUUAUGUGAGGAGAAAAUUGUGUUCUUUCUUCCUUCCAAUGCCAAAUGUGUCAACAUCGAAAGGCAAAGCCUCUAAUUUGUUGCCCCAAGGCGAUAAUUUGUGCUUUUCCAUCUUCUCUUCUUCUUCUCACGAUUGUCUUUUUUAUGGCCAAACUGCAUUUUUUGCGCCCUAAUCCUUUAGAUUUCUGAACUUUGAAUUCGGAGAUUGGAGAUCUAACUGUAAUUAUGUUAACCUUUAUCUUUAUCAAAUUUCAGAUUUUAAUUGUUUGAAAUGUUAUUUCAGAUCUUGUGUGUAAUUGUUAGGUUCAAGUUUUCUGAACUUUACUCGACUUUUGGUCAGUUUUUUUCAGAAACCAGAAAAUCUGGACUAUUUUUAAGAAAUAGUUGAAAUGGAACCAUUUAAAUAUUAUUCCAAAUUGAAUCAAAGAAAAGCAUCCAAGUUGUUUAUCAGAAUUUUCUAGACAAACUUUCUGUUCUCUCUAAUUAAAUGACUCAAAAAAUCAGUUUUGAUUCUGGUAACCAUAGAAACUUCGUUUUGUUUUCCUAAUCACUUGAUCAGACAAGCACUUCUAAUCCAUCUUCUUCCCACGUAACAGUUUUUUCCGAAUAAUCCUCCGAAUAUUUUUUUUAUUUCUCGUCUCAUCCCCCAUCCAAAUCAUAUUUUAUUAAUAUUGUUUAUAAUAUUUAUAUGAAUAUAAAAAAUCUCAAUAACACAUCAAAAACUAGUUGCUUUCGAAAUAUCAAUAUAUUUUUUUUUGCAAUAUUGUUUUUUUGGUUAGAAAUAAAAUCUGUUCUGACAGAUGUACUUUCCGGAUUUUUUCGUGGUGAACGCUUCAAAAUGAAGAACUACCGUAUUCGUUUUUGUCAUUAAUAAUUCAUAAUGCUCGUUUUUCUGGAUUGACAUGGAAUAUUUCAAAUUUUGAGCUUUUGGUUUCUUUUUCAAAAUAUUUGAGCCAUGAAAUCGGAUUUUGUCGGUUUUCUAGAUUUUGAGAAAAUAUUUGGUUUUUUUCCAAACGUUGAAAAUUUUAUUUUGAAUAAUUUGUUAUUGCUUUUCUUAAAGUACAUCAUAUUUUCCGGAAUCUUCUUAUUGUGUUCAUGAAUUCAAAAGUCCUCGAGUUGCCCUUUUUCAAUAAGCCCACGGAUUUCCGUGAAAUAACGUAGAUUAAAAAUUCUAUCAGAAUUAGUGCUUUCAAUUAUUUUUAAUUCUCACGUUGAACUUGAGAAUAUUAUUUGAUCAUUGAAAAAUAUUAUUUUUCAAAAACAUCAUUUUCUGCUCUCAAUUCAAUUCUAGCUACAAUUCAAAAUCACACGAAUCUUAAAAUCACCCUUGGCAACCGUUUUCUUCUUCUUUUUCAUUUUCAUCUUCAGCUUUAUUCAUUUUCCUCUUCCGUCUCUUCAUCUCCAUUUCUAAUAAUCAUUUAUGUAUAUAUUUUUGUGAGAGCAAGCGCGGCGGCGGCGGCUGAGCUCAAGAAGAAACGUUUUGGCGCGCGGCCGCUUUCAGCGUGUUAUUGAUCGCCGCCGUCGUUUUCAGCACCUCUUUAUUUCUCCUUCAUUGCUUGCUCUGUGUUUUGACGAGUUUUUUCAUUUCAUUUCAUUUUGCUUCGUUUUAUUUCCUGUCUUCUCCUCUAUUUUUCCUAGAAGCGCGCGCGCUUUUAUGGGCGAUGAUGAUUCAUUUUCUCAUUCAUUCAUUCUUCUAGCCUUUGUUUUUCUACUCAAAUCCAAUUUAUUUUUUUAAUUACAGUAAGAAAUCCUAUGCGAUUUUUGCUCACUCUCACCCUUUUUGGGUGUUGUUCCCUGAUUGCUGCCAAACAUCAUCAUGCUCGUGUUCCAAUAAUUGAUCUUCGAGGAGCUGACGCGAUUCGAGCAUCUGUUCGCGAAGAUGAAAAUAUUAUCUCAACUGUUCCUGAAUUAUCAAUUGUUCGAAGCACUGGACCUGUUUGCUCGUAUGUUAUCACUGGAGCCGAUGAUUCGACAACUCCGUUUGAAGCAAGAGUUGUUGAUAAGAAUACUGGAGAAGCUGUGUUCCGUGUUAAGGUUUGUGCUAGACCUCGAAUAUUUUGAAACAUUUUUAGUAGAUCAGAAAUAUUUUUCUCUAAAGGGUAAAAGCUUUUUGAAGCUAAGAAUGGGCUUUGGGCCUACUGUAAGCGGUACUUUACUAUUUCAAACAGAUUUCUCGGAUUCUAGGCUUUUCUAUAAAAAUUCCAAAUGUCAAAAAAUAUUUUUGAUCUACUCCUUGAAUAAUGUUCUUAUGACGCACGAAACAUGAUUUCUAGUUUCUAGUUCUUUAGAAUUUUUAAUGAACCUUUUUAUCUUGAGCCACUUUUCUGUUCACCGUAGUUUUUCUUCUUCACACAACAACAAAAACUAAAACUAAAAUCUAGGAAUCUCGAAAUGCCUUUACAACCUAAUUUCCUGUUUUUUGUUAUUUUUAAAGAAAAGCUGAACCCUCAAAAAAUUCAGAGAAAAAAAACGGAUUAAAUUUGACACUGAAUACUACUGUAUCUAAUCGGAUUAAUUUGAUAAUCUUUUUUAUUUUAGGACUCGGCUACUUUGGACUGCAAAUUGCCUGAAUAUAAAUUACAACUUCAAGCAAUUAAAUGCGACGAAGAUUCGGUGAAAAGUGAACCAGUUGAUCUUGUCAUCACAAUCAAAGAUACCAAUAACCAUGCACCGGAAAUCGAAGAUGCUUGGUAUUCGUUCAAUGUUCCAGAAGGAAGAAUUGUUGAUAAUAUUGGAUCACUUAAAGCAUCUGAUAAAGAUUGUGGACAUCCAAAUGGUGAAAUUUGUGAGUUCCAAAUCACAAAUGCUUUGAAAGAUCUUCCAUUUGCUAUCAAUAAUCAAGGAGUUAUUCGAAAUACACAAUCUUUGAAUUUCACUGAAACGAAAAGCUAUAUUUUGACAAUUGUUGCGAUUGAUUGUGCCAUGAGGUAAUAUUUAUUUAAGUUAUCAUAACUUCUAACGUAUUUUGCUUAUAGAAAAUCAAAAUCAUCUUUGGUCACAAUCCACGUUGAAGAAAAAUGUAAUCAAGGUGUCACAAACUUUGGAGAUCGUGUCAAUUAUGCUCCAGGAACUGGUUCCAAACUUAUUAUGCCAGAUGUUUCAAUUCAAGUUUGUCAGCAAGAAAAUGCUUGCGAACCAAAACAAGUUGAAACAACUGUUGAACUCAAAGCUGGACAUGUUACACCAGGAUGCACCAAGGAUACUGUAUAUGAUAAUGAGACAAUCAAAACUUGUGGACUUUCAAGUUCAGCUGUUCAAUUGGUUAAAGAUGAGGAUUUAACAAGUGGAGGUGUUGCGGUUUCAAAGGAGCUGGUUAAAGAUCUUGUGCCAGAUCAUUUCACAUUCAGUUUUUCGAUGAAACAUGACGGUGGAAAUAAGGAGGAGCAAAGUAAUAAACAAAAUAUUCUUUGCGAAACUGACGAUUUCAAUAUGAAUCGUCAUCAUUUCUCGGUUUACAUCCGUCAUUGUAAAUUGGAAGUUGUGCUCCGAAGAGAAGCCGGUUCGACAGCCGAUUUCCGUGCUGCCGAAUGGCGUUGGGCACUUCCACAAGUUUGCGAUAAUCAAUGGCAUUCAUAUUCUUUGAUGUUCAACGGAAUUGAUAAUGUUAAUGUUAUUGUUGAUGGUAAAACAAUCGGAGCCGAUGAAAGAAACCCAGAAAUUCUUGAUGAUUGGCCACUUCACAAGACUAAACAAGCAUUGACAAAAUUGGUUGUUGGAGCUUGUUGGCAUGGAAGACAACAGAAAAUGGCACAACUUUUCAAAGGUAUUGGUUUUUGAUUUAGAAAAAAAAUUUUUUUUAAAUAACAAUAAUUUUUCAGGUCAACUUCAAUCAGUUUUCCUUUUGACUGGAAAAGUUGAAUCAGAACAAGCCAUCAAAUGCGCUCAUACUUGCCCCGAACAAAUUCAAUUCACUGGAUUCGAUGAAUUACUCGAAGGACAAACUGCAACCCUUUCCGCUGACCAAAACGUCUUGACACUUAAAGCAGCUACCAGUGAACAUAUCUCAAAAAUGUUGAGAAGAGUUGCGUAUGUUAAUACACAAGCCACUCCAACACCAGGACAUCGUAGUUUUGAAAUUAAAACUGAAGUCACUUGUCAGAACAAGAAGAUUCAAUUGGAAGCAUCGAAGGGAUAUAUUUUUGUGCAACAAUUGGCAGAGCCAACACUUUCAAUUAGUGCAUCAACUGUUUUGAAAUCAAAUCAUCAUAAUGUUAAAGUUGGACAAGCAAUGGUUCCAGAUUUGACAAUCACAAUCAGUCAAGCUAAUGCAGGUAAGAUUGGAGGGAAUUUGGGGAAAUCACUUCUGAAUUUCCCGAGGGACUAGAAAUUGCAAACACGCCCUACCGAACCGCAUUUAGCGGUUGAAAAAUACGUUUAUUCGGUAGAGCAUGUUUGCUAUUUCUCUUCCCAAUGACCCGUUUCUCGAAUGUAUUCGAAACAAUAUUUUAUCACAGAUGGACAAAUCGAAGAUGUCACAACGAAACACAAAAUCGACUACUGUAAAAUGCACCUCCAACCAGGUCGUGAUAUGGAUGUUGAAUACUUCUCAUCACCAGCCUCUUUAAUCGCCAGCCUUGACAUUGAAUUCGAACACGAUAAAGACGGAAUUCUGUUGCGUGGAGAAGAAAGUGUUCGAGGAUACAAAGAAGUUCUCUCAAAAGUGCAUUAUUUCAAUACUCGUCCCGAAUCAUAUAACAAGAGAACUUAUACAGUUCAAUGUGCAAUGUUGAAAGGACGUGUGUUGAGCAACGAAUUAUUUGUUACAGUAAGUCCCUGAAAGUUGCACUAGAUUGUUUGGAAAAAAAAAUAGAAUAGAGCGCCCAUUAAAAAUAAGUGAGUCAGCUCCUCUCCUUUUUAUACACACAUAAUGACAUGUAUUGCAUUGCAUUGAACCAAAAUUGCCCUCAUUUUACAUGUAUACAUGUUUUUUUCUCAACGUUAUUAGUGACUAGAUUCAGUGUGUUUUUUCCUCUCUGGAAAUGCAGAUUCUACAGUAUUCCUAAUUCAAAGGGGCUUAAAAAUUAGUGAAUUCCCGAAAAAUUCUAAUUUAUUUUCAAAUUCAAUUUCGCCCGCCGGAAAAAAUGAGAAAAAAUGCUUUGUUCCAAAUCUCAUCAAACUCUUCUUGUUGUCAAGUGACUUUCAAUCUUCUCCUCUCCGCCCAAACUUUUUUUUUGAUGUUAUACGAUUUUUGCAUGCGUCUUCAUCCCUCACAAAAUCCCAGGAGGCUAAUCAUCAGAGCCUAGUGCCUAGCUGUUGCCAGUUUUUACCACACAUUCUGGAUUUGUGGGCGUAUAUUGAUUUUUGCUUCUUUUUUCUUUAAUGAGACCAGAAUUAAUCCUUUUUCAGAUGUCAAUUGAGAGCUCAACAACCUCAACAACCACAACCACUGAGUCACCAGAUACAAUUCAAUUCAAUUUCAACUCGGCUGAAAACACUUUGGACACUUUGGAAAUGAUGGAUAGACAUUUUGAGCCGGAUUUUGAUCAACUCGGAAGUUCAAGACUUCAGGUUAGUUGGGAAAAUUAGGCUAAGAUUUGGGAAAAGGCUUACGUUAAGGCUCAUGUUGAGUCUUGAGCUAAAUUUUUAUCUGAAGCUUUGGCCAAAGCUAGAAAUAUACCUGAUCUCCUGAAAACUACGAUUCUCAGCGAAUACUGUAGUUUGCAUGUUUAUUUCACCUGUCUUAUUUUCUAAUUAUACUUACAAGGCUAACUUAUCAGGUGAAAUUGAUAGUAAUAGAAACUUAUGAUUCAGUCCAGUCACACUUGUUGACCACACCCCUUUUUCUCUAUUACUUUCACAUUUCCUUACUACAUUUUCUAAUAUAUUGAAGUAAGAAAAAGACGAGAAAUGUGAUCCUCUUAGCAAAAAAACAUGUGAAAAUAGUGUUGAAAGUGAGAAUCUUAGAGAUUGUAUAAAUGAUUCAUCUUUAGAUGUCUUACGGUAGUCCUGAAUAUUUGUUUUGUUUGUUUUUUUUGUGAGUGUGUGUGUACUUUGAUGUGAAUUCAUAUAUUUUUGUUUUUUCCAGUUUGAUCUUUUUUGGUGCACUUUUCAGAAUUAAUUAACUUUCUCUUUGGUUUGAAGCAAUCAACUUUUUUGACGUAUAGGAUGUACUUUUUUUGAACUUUUGAACUUUUCAUGUUAAUGAUUUGGGGGACGUGAGAAAAUUCAUAUUUCGUAGUUUGAGAAAACCUGGAUCAAUUUUUCUGAUCGUGAACUAUGUGGAAAUAGGAUAAGCUAGAGCAAAUUGGAUAUUUGCAGAAUCCCACGUUGAAAAAAUGAAGCCAAUUUUGUCACGCUACCGUACACAGCGGAUUAUUAGUUUCAAGAUUUUUGCAGAUUUUCUGAAAAACAUCUUAUUUUUCAUUUUUUAGGAAGCUUUGCUUUGAAAAACCACGAACUUAAAGGGACCACACUAUUUUCUCGCUCUUUAUUUUUCAAAAUGAGACCUCAUUUAUCUUCAAACUAAUGUGCUUCCAUUAUUUUCAAAAAAGGUUUCCUCUAUUCUGUUUGCUAAGAAUUUCCAAAACUCUUUUUGAAUCAUGAAAUCAGUAACUUCCCUAGUUCAAAAUAAAAUGACCAAAGAAGAAAAUACUCUGACACAUUUUCUGCUCAUUUUCUAUUCUAACUGUCAACACAUUCGAAAAUAAAUUAAAAAUUAAUCCGUAAGUGGUUAGUACGUACGUAGAUAGAGUUGUUGUUCGGGUCGACGAGCAUUCUAUUGCACUUGACAAGAACUCAAAUAUCCCCUCCCCCUUAAUAUCCAUGGAAUUCAUAAUUAUUUCACACCCGUUUUUUUAUAGAAUACAUGUAGGAAAACUAUUCCAUGAAAUAAAUGUACACAAAUAUUCACAGAAUUCUUCUGUUCCAAUUCCAGCAGCACACACAAAAUCUCAUUAAUAAUUUAUUCAACUAUAUUUCCGUUCUGUUGUGUUUUUUUUGAGAAAGGGUUCCUUUUAUGAAAAAUAAUACUUUUGUGUUAGAUUCGAUUUGACGCAAAAUAAGUUAUUUCUUCUUUGUUCCUUUGUUUUUUGAUUUUGUGACUUUGUAGGGAUAAUUAACAUAGGAACUGUAUUCAGAAAACUUGGAAUCUGUUUGAAAAUUUGCUUAUAUAAUUUUAAACCCUAACUUUCAAUUCUUUUUGAGGACCAAAAGCUAAAGCUUAGGCUCAGACUUAAGCUUUAACCGUACUCAAUAAUUCUAAUGAGAGGAAAAAUCGGAUUUGGUAGACCCGGAAUUCCUUCUUCUUUUCUAGUUUUUUUCUCACUCGAUCUAAUUAUUCGUCAUUCUCCUUCUUCCUCUAAUUUCAUAUGUGUGAAUAUUCUAUUCGAGAGCACAAAACUUCUCAUCUCUAAUCGAUUCUUGUCGCAUAUUUCUUCACUUAUUCAUCCAUCCAUCCAUUCAUUCAUUCUCAUUCUCGUGCUCCUCCGGCGCGCGCGAAGAAAAAAAAAGAUGGCAAAAAAAUUUUUAAUUAUAUUUUUUGUCGUGUCCUCCUCACUCCUUUUUGCCUCACUCGACUCGACUCGACACACUCAUUUUCAUUUUCUUUUUUUUUAGCGAGCACGCGCGUCGUGAAUUUUUUAGUAUUUUCCGGCCUGAUGGGCCAACUUUUAUUAGGUUUUCUUGCCUGACAUUGAACUUUGGAAGAUGACGAUCCCCCAUUUUAUUGCUGGAAUUUUUUCUUAAAGCCAAACCGAAUCGAGCUGAGUUCUUUUUUUCGUGUUCUUCUUGACAGCUUAUACGUCUCAAGAGAUUCAUUUUUGCAGUGUUUAUAUCAAAAUGUAUUUUAUUUCAUUCAAAAAUAUUUUGUGUUCUGCUUCACUGAUUCGAGAAUAUUCUAAAAAAUGGUAAAAUUUCCGAACCGGGUUUCUGAAUUUAAAAAACUCCUCUUUGGAAUAUGGCUACUUGAUAACCAAGGUUUGGCUGCUUGACAUAGCAGCUCUCAAGGCGCGGUUCCUUGCCAGACUGGAUUUCUAGAAGCGGUUCCUAGACAAUUAGGUUCUCUAGGCUCAGCUUGGACACGCACGCUUUGAACUUCGACCCUAACCAAGAUGUGUUCCAGAAUAAAUACAAAUAUAAUAAAAUUGUUUCAUUGAAUGUUCAUAGUUCUCAAAUUUCAUCUUGAUUCAUUUUGAUUCACGAGUAAUACAAGACUCUGUUUCCUUGUCACUUUGAACUUUAAAGAUUUCUGAACUCUUCUACGAAUUCGCCUCAAAUUUCAUAAUAAACGCAAUUUUCUCACGAAUUAGAUUUUGCCUACCAAAAAAAACUUUAGUUUUAUUCGAACAACAUGAAACCACCAGAAAAAAACGAAGAAGAAGAAGAAGAAGUCCAAAUUUGUUUGAACAAAAGACUCUGCGUCUCCUUUUCACUCACUCACUCACUCACAUAGAGAAAAUACUUUUGCCCAGAUUUUUUUGCUGCUCUCCCCCCCUUCUUUUCGAUUAUUUCUCCUUCGUCUUCGAAGCCUUCGCGUUUCUGUUUUUCGUUUCAUCUAGUGUCUAUUUUUUCCGCCUCUGGAAUGUUUGUUGUAAGUUUUUUCGCUCACUUGAUUUUGGGAAAUAAUCUGAAAAUCUAAAAAUCAAAGAUUAAUGUGGUUGGAGGAAUUCCAGUAAAAUAUUUUCAAGCAUAAUAAAUAUUCACCGUGGUUUCUAUUAUGAUGAUUUUUUCAUCCAUGCUCUGAUUCAAAUCAGAAUUCAAAUUUGAAUGAUUCAAAAUUCUACUACAGUAAUCUUAGUUUUCCCAGCUAACAAGUAUCAAAUAUCAAUUUUCCCAUAAUUGGCUUCAUACCUUUUUUUUUCUAUGCACGUAUCAAAUAGCAGAACUUUCAGAGAAGAAUUUGAUUAUUUUCAUAGGCUGAAACUAAAUAUCAUUAAAAACAUCUGUCGAUUUUUAUGUUGUCAUAUGAAAUUCCUUGAUGUUUGAACCGAACACGCACUUUAUAAUUUUUGAUAUUCUAUUUAUCCGAAAAAAAAUUUCUUUGAAAAAAAUGAGUCAGAAUUUUUUUGAGAGCAGAAAAUUUGAGUGUUUAUUUUUUUUUGGAACAGAAAUAAACAAUCUGAAUUUUUCUUUUAAAGGAAGAAGGCCAUGGGAUAAAUUGGAAUUUUAUUUCUCAAGUUCCAGAAAUUUUUGUGAAGCACACUCUUCCCAUUCUUUAAAAUAGAUAAAAGAAACGAUAUCUAUUUUUGUCUCCGUUCCAUUCCGCUCAAAAAAAAGAAAGAAAAACGACAAAAAAGAGUUGGGUUGAAGUGUUGGAUUGAUUUAAUCAAACCUCCAUUUCCUUUUGCCGCGCGCACCACUUUUUCUUCUGUCGGCAACUCCGACAUCUUGUGCUGCUCACUUUUAUUUUCCCCCUGAAUAACUAUGUAUUCGCUAGAAGAGUUGAGAAUUCGGGUCAGACACGUUUUGAAAAAAAAGUACUUCAGGAAAAAAUGUUAAAUAAUUUUCAGAACAUUCUGGAGAUGGACCUGCCAAGGCCGAAAGCUUUGUUGUCGCACAGAGGAUAUGAUGUUGGACAAGGAGCAAUUGCAGGUAGGAAUGUUUCCUUUUCAGUGAUUUUUGAGUGACAUUAGUGAGAUCUUUCUUAGAAUCAGAAUAAGAAGAAAAAAAACCUCCAAGAAAAAAUGUGUUGCGUUUUAUUUUAUUAUAAAAAGGUGACGUCAGAUUUUCUCGGGGGUAAACAAGCGAGAAUUUUCUCAAGGCUUAAGGUUCCAAAAUGAUUCAUAUAAAAAUAAAAAAUUCUGAAAAUUUGCAGGUGGAGCGGUUGCAGUUGUUGUUGUUGUAUGUGUCGGUUUCCUGUUGGUUCUUUUGGUGAUCGGAGUUUUGAAGAUGCGCGACACACCAAUGCCAAGACGACGAAGGCAAAAGAGACAGGUUCGUUUUUUUUCUAGGCCGAACAAAAAAGUAACAUAUUUUCUAAUCCCUUUUUCCACCCACCACCCACCAGAAAAAAAUAAAUUAUUUUAGAGCGAUGGCGGAUUACAUUGGGAUGAUAGUGGAAUGAAUAUUACUGUGAAUCCAUUGGAUGAUGUUGAGAAAAACGGAAUUGCUGAUGAUUUUUCGGAAGAUGAUGAAGAUGACGAGGAAGAGGAUAGCGAAGCUGAAAGGUAAUUAUUUUUUCAUCCAAUUUCAUUUCACUUCCAAGAAUCCCCAGAUUUAUAUAAUGUGUUUUCAGUGAAUGCUCAUACCGCGAUGAAGAAGACGAUGUUUCGGAAGAUGAAGAAGAACACGUUGAAGUGUUGCCACACUGUGAUUCAACUCAAAGAGGUGGAGCAAGUGGUGGAUUGGAAUGGGAUGAUGAGGAUGCGAUUGCAACAAAUUCAAGAUCUUAUCGAGUUUAA